AUGUUGAUCAAAGGAGUCAAAUACGCUUGUGAAAGAUGUAUCAGAGGUCAUCGUGUCACCACAUGCACUCAUUCAAAUGAACCAUUGACGAUGAUAAAACCAAAGGGGAGACCAGUGACACAAUGUCAACAUUGUCGUGAAAAUAGAAAGUCGAAAAAUUUACACGUUACAUGUUCAUGUGGUAAAAAGGGUAAAAAUGGUUCACAUUUACCUUCAUGUGCUUGUCAUAAGACUAAUCAUUGUACUUGUUCCACCAAUAUGACUAAGAAAACUACAACAAAAGGUGAUAUUCAUCAUAUGACAGCUUCGGAAAAGGCCAAAAAGAAAUCAUUAAUAGAUGCCGCAAAUGCUGGAUUAAAGAAAAGAUCAGAUUCAGUAUCAACAACUCAAUCAGCUGCAAGUAGUAGUGCUUCUCCAUCAAGUGCCGCUUCUCCAAAUAAAAAACUGUCAGUGCCACCACCAGGACCAACAAAUUCACAGCAAAAGAAACAACAACUGACCCUGCCAAAUCAAUCACGACAAACAACACAACCAGCAUAUAACAAUCUUCUGGAUCAAAACUUUGUGAUAGAAGAUAUUGUUUUCCCAUUUAAUACUGAUAAUGGAUUGUUUGAUAUGUUUUCGUCGAAUGCGACCUCGGAAGUUGGUGGUGCUGGUAGUGGUACUAGAGACUCACAAAUUGCCACCAGUAAUCUUGCAAGUGAUAAUUCAACCCCAUUUAAUUCCAAUUACGAUACUGGGAUCAGUUAUUCUAAUAAAGAUGUAGGGUUACCGCUAAGUCCAAAUGAAACUGAAGCUGACCCUAUGUUCCCCUUAUUUCCACUUGUGGGGACACAAAGUUUUGAUCGUGAAAAUCAACCACUUCUGGCAUUAUCUAAUGAGAAAGAACCACCACAACCACAACAACCGACACCAGUGAGACCUAGUCAUAAUGUUAGUACUGCUAUGAAUAAUAUUAGUUCUAAUUCAUAUUCCUCAAUUCCAUCCGCCGUCGAAGUUAGUUCAAUAAAUCAUCAACAAUCACGUCCAAAACGUCCAGAAAGUGUUUUAUCAAUAGCAUCAAAUAGUUCUACUAGAUCAUUUGAUUUUUUUGGCAACAAUCAUACCAAUUAUAAUUCUUCUUUUAUGAAUGGAAGUUUACCGACAUCUUUUACUUCAGCGGCAUUUCCUCCAUCUAAUGGAUUUGAUGAAAAUAGUUUAUCCAAUCUUAAUCCAGAUGACCAUAAUAAUAUGCAACAUCAUUUUGGAAGAACAGGUUUAGGUGCUGUUAAAUUUGGAUCUCAAUUGAGUAAAAUUGAAUCAGAAAUGUAUACUGAUAAUUUUUUCGAUGAUCCUUAUGCUCCACAAUCACAAAAUGUCGAUCAACUACAGUUUCCUGAUACAACAACAAUACCAAAUUUAUACAAUGUUACUGAAUUUAAUCCAAGUGAUAAUUAUGCAAGUAGUAAUCCAAGUAAUUAUGAUGUCAAUAAUAAUUCUGACGUGAUCACGAAUGGUGGAAAUAACCACCGCAAUAACAACAACAACAACGAUACGAUUUACCCAAGUUAUAGUAAUGAAAACAAAAUUACCAUCAACGAUAACAGUAUUAAUAUAAAUGGCAAUACUGUUGGCAAUGAGAACCACCCCAAUAUAACGUCUACUUCUUCGGUGCAACUUCCCGGUAAUUCAGAAAUACCAAAUUUAUAUAAUGUUCAAGAUAUUUUAAGUGAUUCUGCAUUUGAUGAUUUCAUACCUACACUAACGGAUAACACUAAAGAUCAGAAUAAUAUAUAG